AAAAAAAAAAAAAAAAAAAAAAAAAAAAAAAAAAUCUCGUUCUCACAAAGUACUCUUAAACAACUCUUAUUCCAAAUAAUGGCCUCCUCAAUCUUGUUCAAAUACGCUCUAUUUUACCUUCUCUCUUUCCUUGCCACUUCCUAUACUGCUCAAGCCAGUGACCCAGAUAUUUUAUCUGACUUCAUGGUCCCUGCAACUUUCAACAACCCAAUUGAUGGAAACUUCUUCACCUUCAUCGGAAUGCGCGGACUCCCCGCUAACUCGACAAACCCACCAAUCUUCAAGGUCACAAAAGCCACCAUGGCUGAAUUCCCAGCUCUCAAUGGCCAAAGCGUGUCGAUGGCGGUUCUUCAGUUCCCAGCAGGUGGUGUUAACCCACCGCACACCCAUCCCCGCUCAGCGGAGCUUCUUUUCCUAGUGGAAGGUAGUAUGGAAGUUGGUUUUGUUGACACUACAAACAAACUCUACACUCAGACGCUUCAGGUUGGAGACAUGUUUGUGUUUCCAAAGGGAUUAGUACACUACCAAUACAAUGCCGAUGCCACUAAAGAAGCCACUGCUAUCUCUGCAUUCGGAAGUGCAAAUGCAGGAACUGUGUCUGCUCCAGUGACUCUGUUUGCUACCGGGAUUGAUGAUGGAAUUCUUGCCAAGUCUUUUAAGACCGAUGUUGCUACCAUUCAAAAGCUUAAGGCAGGUCUUGGCGCUAUGGCCUGAGUUAUAUGAGAAGUCAAUUACAUUAAUCAAUCAAGAACCAGUCACCUACCAUUGCAACUGCUUUUUUUUUUACCAUUAUGUCUAUUUUUUUAAAAAAAAUUUCGUUG